GUUAAACGUAAGUGACGCCAUGUUAAUUAUGUCCCUACCCGCGCGCCGUUGUUGGCACUGGCAGGCAGCACUAGUUGGUAAGGAGGAGGGUCUUCGACUGAAAACAGUCGGCAAAUAAACACCGACAAGUGUCGAGUGGUGUAAGUAGUGCGUCGAGAUGGGCAACACAAGCGACAGGGUUUCAGCAGACCGCCAUGGGGUCAAAGCCCACCGGUCAGACAGCGCUGGGGGUCACAAGGACCACGAGCCCAGCAGCAAGAUGGUGGACAGCACCGACGACCCCAACAUCUUCAACACAUACGGGCCUGAGUCCAAGGUGCCAGGAGAGAAGGAAUUCACGCCAGAUUUGGACGACUUGGUGAAAACAGUGCCUCAGGCUCGGCCCACUGUCAUCCGCUGGGCUGGAGGAGGAAAGGAGGUCUACAUAGCAGGUUCCUUUAAUAGCUGGAGCACCAAGAUACCGCUCAAUAAAAGCCACAAUGACUUUGUAGCAAUUCUGGACUUGCCUGAAGGCGAGCACCAGUACAAGUUUUUCGUGGACGGACAGUGGGUUCAUGAUCCCUCAGAGCCAGUGGUGACUAGCCAGCUUGGUACUAUCAAUAACCUGAUCCAAGUGAAGAAGUCCGACUUUGAGGUGUUUGACGCCCUGCAGGUGGACUCUCUGGAGUGCUCUGAUACAUCAGAUUUGUCCAGCUCCCCUCCAGGUCCUUACAGUCAGGAUCAGUACGCGUUCAGACCCGAGGAGCACGUCAAAGCUCCGCCCAUACUUCCCCCUCACCUACUUCAGGUCAUACUCAACAAAGACACAAAUAUUUCUUGUGACCCCGCCCUGCUCCCUGAACCCAACCACGUGAUGUUGAACCAUCUGUAUGCGCUCUCCAUAAAGGGCUAUGGAAUAACGGACGACUCCACUGUGGCUUUGACUGAAUCACUGUGUGUGUGUGUGUGUGUGCGCGUGCGUGUGUGUGUGCGUUUGCUGCACUUUGUGAUCAUAUGCAUGCUGGUGUUAAAUUCAAAGGGCAUACUGAGACCAGUUAAACUACUGCAAAGAGCUGCAAAGUCAGUGUUGCUCGAGCAUAAAGUGCAAUAGUAAGUCUAAUUUACUGUAUGUGGAGUUCAAACAGAUUGUGUUCUUGACAAUGAGCUUUUAUCUAUGCAGUCUGACAGUGCAGUGCAGUUAUCUUUCACUGUGUGUGCGUGUUUUUACCAUAUUUAUUCAGGCAGGCGGUACUGUUACAUGUGAGCAUUUACUUACAAAAAGGCGUCCAAAUCAGACAUAAACAAAAAGUGAAGAUGUGCCGCGAGCGACGACUCCUGCUGUUUGUCAAUUUUUAUUUUUUUUUUUUUUUUUACAAAAAUGAGAACAUGCAGAAUCUCGCUCACAGGGAGCACGGACAGGCGUCAGUGUUUCGGAGCUGAAAACCACCAAAACUUGAAUUUUACAGCCAUUUAUGAAUGUUUCCAAAUGCUUUGCCAUUGUAAGUGUGAAGAUUAUUUGCACAAAGUUGUAUUUGUUUAAAAAAUAAAGAGGGAAAAGUUUUAGUAACUUG